CACACAUCUAUGCUCAUUCUGACAAAAGCCUUAUGCUAGAUGGUAAAAAACUUCUUUUAUAUCUUUCUUUAUUGCUGUUCAUCCAAGCGUGAUGUCUUUCAUACAUUGGCUUGUCACGUUAGUCAUAGUGGUGAUGUCGUUAGUGCUGCCAGCAAUAUACAUUUGUGUGUCAUAUGUAUAAAGAUGGUAAUUCAUUUAGUCAUUUAGUAUUUUCAAAGAAUGUUAACAAGAUGUUGUUAAUAAGUGGGAAAAUAGCCGGCCCAAAUACCGAGCCCUAGGCAACAUCAAAUUUAAGAGGCAUACAUGUCCUUGUCAGUGGGUGGUUGGGUGGUGCUUUCGUGUGGUUUAGUCCUGCUUUCUAAUCAAACUUCUAUCGUCCCAAUCUCUCCUUUUUUUUUGGUAUUUGUUACUCUCUUAUAACACUUCUAAUCUAAUCUUCUACAUAAUACAUUUUAAUGCACUGGGAAUUCGCACAUAGGUUUGAAAUGCUAUUGACCCCCAGAAGUGUUUUCGGCCUAUAGCCUACUCGAUCGUCUCAAAAACAAACGUGUUUGUUUUCAGUUAAAGCCUAUAGAUCUAGAUAGACCUUUAUUCUACAUACUAUAUCAUCAGUUCAUCGGGAAUUCAUGCUAGACAUUAUUGAACACUAUGCACCCGAGAGCUGUCGAGAAGUCUCACCUUACUUUGACGUAAUCCAGAGGUUUGAACAUGGCGGACAGAAUAUUCUUUAAAAAAACCCAGUUCUCACAGUUUCAGUAACAUCCAGUUUUACAAUGUCUGUUUCGACGCAAGGAGACAAGAGGGAGUGUUCAGCUCAACUUCUGGGUAAAGAAGGAAAUACAUAUAUCCCUCAUGACAGACGUGGGAAUUUAAGCAGCUUGGGACAUCACAGCAUCAGCGGAAAACUGGGGACGGGAGACGAACAGAAGAAAGAAGGCACACCUGCAAAACUCUCUACUAACUGGGAUAAAUCAGCCCAAAAAGAAGGGAGCGCCGCAACCGGAACUACAGCUGUGAGCGGUCCAAGAGGCAAAGUGAGUCCCACGAAGCAGAUACUAUCUUUCUCCAAGCAGCACAGGAGUCAGUGCGCCUCCAAGUCUCCACCAAAGCGUUUCCAAAAAAGCACAACGCUCUCGUCCACGAGACUACCCUCCCAGACAGCACCACGCAACGUCCCCGUUUCAAGAAGAGGAGGUUAUUUUCCCGGCCCAGCAAGCCCAGUUUCUUGUUUCGGGUCUCUUGGAGCCAAGACGCCAAGCACCCCAGAAAGAAACGGAGUUUUCGCUUCAAGCCCCCGCAAAAAUGAAGAGCUGAGAGGCACCAAAAACUAUAUUGGUACAAGAAAACAGCACAACGUGCCUCGUGCCGGAAAAGUAAAUGAAAUAUCUCCCAGAGCACAUGUUUCUAGCAGCAGUGUCCCCACCAGAUGUAAGGGUGCUUUUACAACCUUGGGAAAUGAGACAAAAGGCGUUGGUGCUGAGCGUCACGAGGAAAAUGUGCCAGCGGCCACUCUGGCGGCAGCGCUAUCGCUUUUGAAACCUGCCACACCUUCCAUCUCCCAGGGGGAGAGAUCGGCUAAGAAGAGGCUGGGAAGAUUUUUGCGUCGGUGCAAGAAGGAAGCAACGGAGCCCAAAAGCCAAAUGUCUGGUGCUAUUGAUGGAAAUGCUGAGAAGAGCAAGGAUGUUGAGAUAACGAAUAGUGUUGAGGAAGACUGCAACGCACAAGAGACCACCAAGAAAGAGGAUACUGGGCGGUCAUCCAAACCAUUCGCGAAUCCCAAGACGAGAAAUGGCGACGUAAAGACGAUUCAGAGUCAAAUGGGUGGGCAAAAAGUUCCUGACAAGACCAAAGACGGAAAAGAAGAUCGAGACAGGCCUGUCGACAAGCUUAUCGGAGGCAGGAAUCGAGUACAGGACGCAGAAAAAAAUAAAAGGCUGUCAACAGUUGUAAAAGAAUCUGACAUAAAGAGCGACAAGCGUAAAACAAGAUCUCUGCCGCGAAAUCUCAAUUUGAAACCAGGCAGCCCAUUUUCUUUACAUAAUAAUCACAAACACUCGAGUGAUCCCCAAAGUAAGCAGCGCCAAACCGUGACAGGCAAAGCUGCUAAAAAGAGAAGUCAAAGUGAUAAUCGCCACAUCAUGUCACCUUUAAAGACAGGAAACUCAGAAAAUAGUUCAACGCCUAGUCCACCUAAACGUCCACAAGGGAAAGGCAAGAAGCCUCAGCUACUAUGGGGUAAGGAUAAAAUUCCCGCUCACAGUGGCAAAACCAGAAAGUCACGUGAUGAUGCACUCUCAUCACCAGGUAGCCCUGGGCGUGUUCAGACGCAUCUUCCACACGGCAGCAAAACCAAUAAAAAACCGAGUCCAGUCCGAAAUAAGGACAGUAAAGUACCGAAACGACCCCACCAGAAUGAUUCUAUUAUCUUUAGCCGGUUAUCAUCUGUUGAAUCCAACAAGCUGCGGCUGAACACAAAGAAAAAACUCUUUCGUGAAAAAGGACUCGGUGUAGUUAGUGAUAAGAAAAGUAAGAGCUACAUCUACGAAAAAACGGAGGAGGAGUUACCAGACAAGAGCAGAGAUAGAUCUGUUUAUAGCGACGACACUGAUUCCAGCGACAGUCGAGAUGAAAUGAGGAGUGACCCAGCGAGUGACGCUGAUGAACGGUUUGGUGGCUCUGAUCUGGCGGAGCUCUCCGAUACAGACCGUGAGAACGCCAAGCGCCUUGACUGUCAUUUGUUUACAAACCAGGCUGCAGAGACCAGGACAACAAGGGGUUUGACACAUCGAAAGGAGCAGCCGCAAGCAUUAAUCUCAGGAAGAAAUGUUCCCCUUACUUGGAGCAGGAGUGCAUCUAAUGUUGUUGUAUACCCGAAGAAGCAGAAAUCAAAUGCUCGGAGUGUCCGUGGCAGGAGCACGAUCAACAAUCAUCAGUCAUCAAGGUACGGUAUCAGCAGAGGAGGAAAUGAUGCCCUACGAGACACCAUUGUACUUUCACCAAGAAGCAAAGCGCACAGGGACGACUUUCAGGGAACAAUGCGCAAUGACCGUCUUUCUGUGGCGAGGCUGGGAGACAGUGCAGACGUAGAGCCGACACACGUGUACAGUUCAGUCUCCGUGAGUCACCCGAUACUGUCUCGGAGCAACGCAGCCCGCAGUUACGCACAUAUCCAUGAGACAAGUUGGCCGACUGUUGGUCCAACCCAACAUUUGUAUGAGGAUUUGUAUUUUGAUUACAAUAUGGCGAGGAGAGAUAUCAAGGGUGACAGCCCAAGCUCAAAUGAAAAAACAAGCUUUGAUGUCGAAAUGGAAAUGAAAGAGGUAAUAAUAGGUAUGUACAAUUCCCAAUACCAAAUGGCCGAAACGGUGAUGAAGCUGAAAGACGAUUUUAACAGAAUCAAGGAUGAUGUGACUUCUACCAUUUUACUCCCGCCUUUCCGAAAGGAAGUGGAAGCUUGCUGGGAAGGAACGCUUCUCGAUUAUCUUCUGUUACUGGGCGUCAUGGUUGUGCAAAUUCUCGUGCAGCUCUUCUUUUUAAAUUUGAAGAAGAAAAUAGUUAUGUUUUAAACGAACACACAAUCCCCUCUGCAAAAUUUUAGUACUGCAUAUUUCCUUUGGACUUUAGAAUUUUCAGUAUGCAAAACAUUUUCUCACAAUAAAUUUCCGUCGCAAAACAAUACACUGGAGAUGGUAUCCAUACAAGGAUUUACACUGACAGAGAACACACACACACACACACACACACACACACACACACACACACACACACACUCACAUACACUCACACACACACACGCUCACACACCCCCAGAGAAAACAGCUGGGAAAUAGUUGGCCGCAUAUGAGAACAAUUACAGUCUGAUUUACAAUAGAAACACUGAAGAAAUAUAAACGGAGAUGGGCACACCGGACGGACGAAUUAAAACAACGAAAUAACCUUGCGUUUAUAUUAUUAACUCACCGUAAACUCUGUUUAUUCAUCAAGCUCAAAAGAACCAAGAGACCUCUCAAUUACAUAACCUCUUAUUCGCUUUCGCUGUCUUUGUAUUAUCUAAUUAAUACUGCCAGGUCGGCUUUCAUUUUGGCUUGCCGUACUCUGAUUCUAUAUCUGAUUCUACGAAAAACGGCAACAACCAAACUCUAUGAGUUCCAGACUUGUUCAGAUGCUGAAGGGCGACGUCUGUUGCGAUGCAGAUGAUUACGAAUUGAAAAAAUGUCAGCGGUGAAGCAUCUGUUUAAAGAACAAAAUAAACGUUUGAAAUCACA